AUGCGACAAAUCAUUGAUCAUUUGCACGCGUGUCCUGUCCACCAACCCCACCAUCAAAUCUUCAGCACCGAGUUAAAAAACGUUCUCCGAUAUCGAAUUGCGCCGACCGAAGCCCGUGUUCCGUCGAAUAAGUCGCAGCCACAGCCACCGGACGCAUUGAGAGACGCCUACCUAUCUUUUCGGCCCUUUCACCUUGUUAUCACCGGUCACCACCGAUAUCCAUACAUAUCAUAUCGCGACAAUUCCCCUGGUGUCCACCACAAGACUCGAACAUUCCCAGACGGGCAGCUCAAUUCCACAACUCCGUUUUUACCCCGCGCAACAAGGCAGGGAUUUUGGCUUUUGGGGAAACGUCGCCCUGCUGUACCCCGCGUUUUGCCCACCCUCUCUGCCUCUCUGGACAGCACUUAUACCCCGCGACCUGACGACGCACAAACAACGCGCCUUGUCAGCCAGCCUCCCCCAAACUCCUUGAGCAAUCAUCUCAACCUUUUCGCCCUUUUUAUUGUGUCUCGGGCAGCCGCCCCUCAGCACCCAGUGAGUUGUUGCUCUCCUGUCGCCCCGCCCUGCAACCGUCCUCUGACCUCCUCUUCAUCUUCAGGUCUGCUGGCCAAGCAUUUUGAUGACUUGUGUCACUGUAAAGUCAGUCAGACGGCAGCCCAACAACCAGGCACUUGUGUAGGAUCGCCCUUACCGAGCCUCCCGUUUGCCUUAUUAGGCAGGCCACCCCGCCUCUCCCACCACAACAAAGACGCCGACCCCUUUCACCAGAGCCUCACAAAGCAGAUAAAGCAACAAAGAGAGACCGAAUCCCUCCUUUGUGUGCCACGUGGUUUUAUAUUUUUGUCCUGUCUUUUCUACAGUUCCUCCCCACUUCAACACCACACGCGCAAUGUCGUCUCCACAGGGCUCACCAAACGACAUGAACGCCCAGUCAUACAUGCUCGUCCCCAACCUCCACGUACCAGACGCAAACACCAGCGAGAUGGACCUGAACAGCCACUCAUGGAUGAUGGCCACCGUCAUCGAAGAUGAUGACUUGAUGUUUGGCGGCAAGCCUCUUAGUGCUUGGUAUGAGGAGGACCGCCGCAGAUUCAGCUCUGGCCAAGACGAGGAGGAAGAACCAAGGGGCCGACAGAGGGAGCGCACCGAGAGCUCAACCCACCACUCGCAUCAGCACCAUCCCCAACAACCACAACAACAUCGUCACCACGGAAAGAACACCAAAGACCCAAAGCAACAAUAAAAACCUUUCCGCUUAUGGAUAUCGUUCCCUCAGGCAGUCUCACAAUGUCUGACGCAUUGCAUGUCUGUCCCACCUGGCACCAGCAAAGGCAGGCCUAGCCGGUGUCGCCUUGUGCUUUGGGGUUCUCGGCCUGGACCCUUCCGGACGAGUGUGGUUGCAACCGUCCUGUACCACCACCACCCAUCCAACACCAUUUUACUCGUGAUCUCCUCCUCAUGGGUCACACAGCAUUCCGAGCUCGGUUAUUAAGCAUAUGGCUGCGUUCGUUUGCCUUGGAGCUUCCGGUCAUGCCUAUUUCACGCCUGGCCUUUUAUCACUGCCGGUCGCACCCGACGUCGGGUCUUGACCAACACGGAUCCUCGGAUGCGGGUUGCAUAGCAUCUCUUCAAGCAUCAACGGUGUCGGGAAUCUUUUCAACGCAUAUUUCCUCCUGUCAUGCAUUUUAGAUGCUGUGCACAUUUUGGACUGCGGCGUUUUGUCAAUAUCCGAUUCUGAAUGGCCCAUGGUACCUGGCCGAUCGGACUUGAGAGCGAUUCUUUGUUCAUUGUUCCUCUCUCUUUCAUUCCUGUCGUUUUAAUGAUACCAUUUUGUAUAGUUUUUUUUCUUGCUCUUUGUUCUUUCUUUCACAUCAUGUCAGGUCAUAUGAUAACAUGAGGAUGGGUUGCAUUUUGCGCUGCGUGUUCUCGAUCUCGUUUUCUAACUUGUUAGAUGACUCAAGUUGCACAUUAUAGACAUAACAAUGAGGACUUGUCGGUCAGACCGAUGUUUGGUGAUGGCUUGGAAGGGAAAGGAUGAUAUUAUGGUAUUGGUCUUGAUGUCUUUUGACGGAUGGGCAGUUGGGAGGAAGGCUUUGGGAUUUGGGGUUUGAUAGGUGGUGUUGAGAUACGAGAAUGAAGAUGGAUUGACAACUAUUUCACCACAGUUAGCACCAUGUGCUAGAUUCCAGGUGAUUAUGGCUAUGGGACUGUCUCGGACUGCACAGCGCCACAGCACUGCCUACUGGGAUAUGGGCAGAAUUAGUAAAUAUGCAAGCUCGCCUCAUAUUUUGAUUGGACUCAGCUCGCUAUGGCACAUUUUUAUGAGGCAGUACGUGAGGCAGAUCCCGCCAAGUCCAUCACUCCAGCUUUGAGAAGCAGGCUCUGUGGGUGGUCAUAUCAUUGGUCGUCUGGGUGACCCCUCAUCUGAAUUUUGACACCUUUCCGCGAACUCUUCUGGCCAACACACGGCGUAGAUAUCGAGCAAAACAACUACUACCUAUAACAUCAUUUAAUACUGCGUCACCCAACCAACCGCCGUGCACAUCAUGGACAGCAAGUGCGAAAGGUGUCCUGAUCAGGGGCUAGUGUGCUUUGGGGGGCCAGGAAGACAUUGUGGUGAGGGCGAUGCUCCGUGGAACAAGUCAAGCUAUGCUACAUCGAGAGGGGACGGUUGCCUUGCCACUGUCUGAAUCUCCCAGGUUGUCUGUGUCUCAUUCGGAGGAUCAUUAUGAAUGGAAAGACAACAUAACGGCCUUGGCGCUGACAAGCCAGGGUGAAGACACUCCGACAGUAGCCUACAAAGUUGGGGAGGGAAGUCAGAACGAUGAGUCCGAUUUUGACGAGGUUGACUACCGCAUCCCCUAUGAAAGAAAAGAAAAAGUGCAAAGCGGCCGUGACAAGCGAAAGUAUGGGGGAAGAUUCAGAGCGGACUGUCCCUCAGAUAGAGAAACCUUUCUUGAGAAGACCGCAGAAUGUAGACUCCAGGGAGGGGAAGGAUAAGUCUACGUUGUGUAAGUCAGUCACAUUGCAAGAUCGGGAAGAGGAGAGACGACGUGUUUUUGAUAGCAUUGCUCGACGGAAUAGUGAGUCUUUCUGCCAUCUUACCCUGUAUUCAAGCGCCCCG